GCGAACAAUCUAAAUGUUUGUUAUGCCUGUCAUCAGCCAGAACAUCUAGCCUGUGAUUGCCCCCACCGGCCUCCACAACAGCGGAUCGGAGCCACACCCAUGGCCGCGGCUCCCAUCGCCAAUGGACCUGGACGAGUCGGAGCCUUGAUGGAAGAAGUAGAGGGUGGGGGAAGUGCUCUGGCUACCUCGGAAGAGGCCGCUGAACUAAUCAUGCUAGAUCAGUACGUAUCGCUGGGAUAUCCCAGGCUCGGAAUGAUCGGAACCAUCAGACCAGCACCAGAACCGAAAGAGGUGGCGGAAUGGCGACCAUCUCUGGGAGAAAUGGAAUCAGGAGCACCCACCUUCGUCACAGGAGAAAUCGAUGCAUUAAACAUCAUCCGAGCAUUGGACCAUCGGAUUCCCCUUCCGAUUGGUCAUCUACUCUCGAUCUCCGAGCAAGCCAACGAGCGAAUGUUAYAUCAUUGCAAGGCGAACCGAAAGCGAUUCGCCCUUGCCCGAACCUUGAACGCGAAAGCCAAAAGCCCCGCGCCCGAAGAAAACCCCACAAGUACUUGGGAUCCGAUACGGUGGGUUCGGUGUCCGAUGGGGAUUUGCAAUGCACCUGCCACGUUUCAGCGAGAGAUGAACAUGACGUUCCAGAACUUCGUCAACAAGACACGGCUGACACAAGGAAUGAUUAACUUCUGCUUGAUCGUGUACAUGGACGACAUCCUGGUCUAUUCGGAAACCUAUCACAGGCACGUGCAACACAUCGAAUGGACAUUGGGUGCAUUGAGAGACGAUGGGUUCAAGAUUGCGCUUGAGAAGAGCGAAUUUUUCCUCUCGGAAAUUUCGUUCUUGGGCUAUGUCGUGACACGUGGAGGAUUGCGGCCAGACUCGAGAAAAGUAGUGGCGGUGAAGGAAGCUCCGACUCCCACGUCACUGACGCAGGUUCGAGCCUUCUUGGGACUGGCGUCGUACUACCGACGCUUCAUCAAGGGCUUUGCCGCGAUUGCAUGGCCAGUAACGAAUCUGUUACGGAAGGACCAGCCUCUCAGCUGGGACGCUGAGUGCCAGCAGACCUUUGCAACCCUCAAGGACGCUCUGGCAACGGCCCCUAUCUUGAUUCGACCGGACCCCUCGAAGCAGUUCAUUCUCAUCACGGACUGGCAACCGGAAGCUAUUUCCGCUAUUCUAACGCAGAAGGGGAACGAUGGUCGCGAACACGUCAUCGAGUACGCGUCACGAACCGUGCCGGACGAACGAAGAAACGACUCCGCACCUCAGGCAGAAGAGGAGGCCGAAGAGGAAUCGGAGGUAGAAUUGAGGAGAAAGGACGGGGAAGCAGCGGCCCGAUUGGCCGAGGAUGAGGAAGAAGAGCGCGAAGCAGAAGAAGAGUCGACAGAAGCUGAAGAAGAAGAAAAAGAAGAAGCAGAGGAGGAGACUUCGGAGGAAGAGGAAGAGGCCUAUAGCGAGUACAGCGAGGGCGAGCAAAGUGAGGAGGAGGACGAAGACGACAAAGAAAGGGAAAGCAGGGACGACCAGGAACCAACGCACGAUGAGCUCGAGUGGGUGCCAGGACGGGUUCGGCGAGAGGAGAACCUGGAGGCUGCUGCGCAGCACAAGAAAGAGAUCGCGGAAGGAAAGCGGCUGGCGAUCGAUCCCGCACCGAACGAUCCUUACAAGGAUCCCGAGCCGCCCAAGCCGGAACAUGGAGCCCUUGCUGCCACGACCUCGGGAGCCGCGACGACAAGGCGCUGAUCCCGAUCCCGAUCCACGUCCCCCUCCGCCUCCGCCCGUCCCCCAAUUCGUCAACGUGUCAAUGAGGGGYUUAGCCCUUCGUCCCCGAUCCAUAUACCACCAUCCCCUUAGCUAUCUCUCUUUCAAUCAGUAUUUCCAUUACGUCAUCUACCCCCGUA